AAUCAGUCGAUAGUGGCGCUGCCAGUGAGCAGUCCCUGUCUACGUUCUUUAAAAAACAAAUAAACUAAAAUUAAACUCGUUCUUUUAAAAAUUAAAAUAAUUUUGUUUUUGAACAAAUUUAUUUAUUUUUAAAAUGUCGAAAGUGUUGUUGAGCAAAGACUUGCCAGAUAUUGAGAAUCUGUUAAGACUCAAUCCAACUGUAAAGCCUUACACGAACUUGGUGCCAUCGGCUCAAACGAAGAGGAAUAAGCAGCACUGGAAACGGAACGCCGAUAGAAAAUGUACCGCAUGCCCAACUCUGACCAACAACUUCGACGACAUCAAACACACGACGCUGUCGGAGCGCGGUGCGUUGCGCGAGGCAGCGAGAUGCCUCAAGUGUGCCGACGCACCCUGCCAGAAGUCAUGUCCUACUCAAAUUGAUGUGAAGAGCUUUAUCACCAGCAUCGCGAACAAGAACUACUAUGGCGCGGCGAAAGCGAUCCUAUCUGACAACCCGCUGGGUCUGACGUGCGGCAUGGUCUGCCCAACCAGCGACCUCUGUGUCGGUGGCUGCAACCUGCACGCCAGCGAAGAAGGAGCUAUCAACAUUGGUGGACUACAGCAUUUUGCAGUUGAUAUCUUCAUGAAAAUGGGCAUCCCACAAACCCUGGAUCCCAAGACUAAGCCUUUGCCAAACGGUGGGAAACAGAAGAUAGCUCUGAUCGGCGGUGGACCGGCCAGCAUCAGCUGUGCUUGCUUUCUAGCCAGGUUGGGGUACAAGGACAUCACUGUUUAUGAGAAGGAGCAGUAUUUGGGAGGAUUGAGUUCAGCUGAAAUCCCACAAUACCGUCUCCCGUACGACGUGGUGCAGUACGAAGUGGAGCUUGUCAAGCAACUUGGCGUCAAGUUCGUUACCGGAAGGAAACUGUCCACGAAAGAUAUCACUGUUAAUGGUCUCCUUGAAGAUGGUCAUUCAGCGGUCUUCCUCGGAAUUGGCUUGCCAGAGCCAAAAAGCAUUCCAAUUUUCAAAGGGCUCAACCAAGAAAUGGGUUUCUAUACCAGCAAGGAUUUCUUGCCGCUCGUCUCUAAAGGAAGCAAGAAAGGUCUAUGUGCCUGCAAGUCAGCCCUGCCUUCAUUACACGGUAACGUGAUAGUGUUGGGCGCUGGCGACACCGCCUUCGACUGCGCCACGUCCGCGCUGCGCUGCGGGGCGCGGCGCGUGUACGUCGUGUUCAGGAAGGGAAUCACCAACAUCAGGGCAGUGCCUGAAGAGGUGGACUUGGCUAAAGAGGAAAAAUGCGAGUUUAUCCCUUUCAUGUCACCAAGGGAAGUCGUUGUGAAAGAUGGCAAGAUUGCGGCCUUAAAGAUGUGCCGUACGGAACAACUGGACGAUGGAGAAUGGAUCGAGGAUGAGGAUCAAGUAAUGCAGUUAAAAGCUAACUUCAUCAUUUCUGCGUUUGGCUCCGGACUUUAUGAAACUGACGUAAAAGACGCGAUGGCCGGUAUUAAGUUGAACCGCUGGGGUCUACCUGAGGUGGACGAAUUGUCGAUGCAGAGCAAGAGCAACCCGCGCGUGUUCGUGGGCGGGGACCUGACCGGGGUCGCGGAAACCACGGUCGAGUCAGUUAAUGACGGCAAGACAGCUGCCUGGUACAUGCAUUGCUAUUUACAGGGCAUCCCCUUCGACUCUCCUAUCGAGCUUCCUAAGUUCCACUGCCCUAUCGACGACGUGGACUUAUCCGUCGAAGUCUGCGGUAUCAAGUUUGAGAACCCGUUCGGGCUGGCCAGCGCCCCUCCCACUACGAACACUGCUAUGAUACGGAGGGCAUUCGAGCAAGGCUGGGGAUUUGCUGUCAGCAAGACCUUUGGACUUGAUAAGGACUUGGUGACCAACGUGUCCCCGCGCAUAGUCCGCGGCGUGACGUCGGGCGAGCACUACGGGCCGGGACAGAGCAGCUUCCUCAACAUCGAGCUCAUCUCUGAGAAGUCCGCCGACUACUGGUGUCGCGGGAUCGCUGAGCUCAAGAGGGACUUCCCGAAUAAAGUGAUAAUAGCAUCGAUAAUGUGUUCGUACGACGAGGAGGACUGGACGCAGCUGUCCCGCAUGGCGGAGGCGUCGGGCGCGGACGCGCUCGAGCUCAACCUGUCGUGUCCGCACGGGAUGGGGGAGUCCGGCAUGGGGCUGGCGUGUGGACAGGACCCCGUUCUCGUGAAAGGCAUAUCCCAGUGGGUGCGCAAGGCUAUCAAGAUCCCGUUCUUCGUGAAACUGACGCCAAACAUCACUGACAUCGUCAGUAUUGCUACUGCGGCCUACGAAGGUGGCGCUAGCGGUGUUUCAGCUAUUAACACGGUAUCUGGAUUGAUGUCGGUCAGACCUGAUUCUACGCCUUGGCCGGCAGUCGGUGUAGAGAAGCACACGACAUACGGCGGCGUGUCGGGCACGGUGACCCGUCCGCUGGGGCUGCGCGCCGUGUCGGCCAUCGGCAACAAGCUGCCGGGCCUGCCCGUGCUGGGCAUCGGCGGCGUGGACUCCGCGGACUCCGCGCUGCAGUUCAUACUGUGCGGGGCGCCCGUCGUGCAGAUUUGCAGUGCAGUCCAAAAUCAAGACUUUACAGUCGUUGAUGACUAUAUAACUGGGUUAAAAGCUCUAUUAUACCUCCGUUCCCUCGGCCUAGAUGGCUGGCUGGGACAGUCGCCUCCAACAUUCAAGCACCAGAAAGGAAAACCUGUUCAAACUCUGUACGACGAAAAUGGCAAGGUGUUGGCCCACUUUGGUCCUUACGGCAGAAAACGCGAAGAGUUACUUCAUGAAACUAGGCUAAAAUCAGACAUAUUAUCUGACAAUAAGGUUCAAAAUUACACGUCGAAUGGUUACCAUGAAGAUAUUGAUGUUCCAAAGAUUAAGGAUGUAUUGGGCGAGGCGUUACCGAGAGUCGGUACUUACAAACACUUGGAUAACACGAAGCAAGUUGUUGCAUUGAUUGAUGACGAUAUGUGUAUUAACUGCGGUAAAUGCUACAUGGCUUGUGCGGACUCUGGUUACCAGGCUAUCGAAUUUGAUCCCGAGACUCACAUACCUCAUGUGAACGACGACUGCACUGGAUGUACGCUGUGUCUAUCUGUCUGCCCUAUCAUCGACUGCAUAUCAAUGGUGCCUAAGAAAAUUCCUCACGUUAUAAAGAGAGGUUUGCGCUACGACAUUCUACCAGUUUCUCCAUUGGAUGCGUGAAAAUAUAAACUCAGACAUAAAAUAUCUAUCAAAAA